UUUUAAGUUAAUUAUUUUUUUAUUAUGUAAGGUAGGAAAAAGGGGAUUACAUGUGAAAUCAAAUUAUCACCGGUGAAACGAAGGGACCAAAUGAUUCCGCCACUCCUGCGCACGUUAGCAACAGGCUCCAUUGUUCUUCUUGGUGGAGCUAUCUCUAUCUCUGCACUCACCACUUCAGUUCUUCGCCGUAAAGCCUUAAUCAAUAAGGAAAAGUUUGGGAAGCUUUGUUUGUAUUGUAGAGGAAAAGGAUUUUAUAAAUGUAAGCUUUGCAAGGCAAAUGGUACAAUAAAAUGGUCACCCCUUCAUGAUCCUGUAUUUGUAAAUCCAUGUGUUUGUCCUACUUGCGAGGGGAACAAGAUACAGCGAUGUCUCAAUUGUUUGGGAGAUGGACGGGUAUAAGAGCUAAAAUGCACUCUACCUGUUUGAUAAAACGACAAUGCCAACAUUUGGAAUCCGGAUGUGUUUUUUUUUUCUUCAAAAAUUGUGGGUACGGGAAAUGGGAAAAGAUUAUAAGGUGAAGAAUCGAAUCCAAUUUAGUAGCCAACCAACUGAGCAACUAAGAUUUUCCAAUUCAGAGGUGUAAUUCUUGAGCAAACAUUUUUAUUAAGGACGAUGUUUAUUUUUCAAAAGGUUCAUUUGGAUUUUGAUAUAACUUCACAACACAGUCAUUCCUUA